UUUCACUCAAUCGCCAUGAACGCCAUGAUCAACCUCCAUUUAUGUCUUCCCAUUCUUCUUCUUCUUCUUCUUGUGAACCAGUCUUUAGGGUUAACUACAGAUGGGGUUUUGUUGCUUUCCUUUAAAUACUCUGUUUUGAAUGAUCCUCUUGGUGUUUUAGAUAACUGGAGUUACUCUGAUGAGUCUCCAUGUUCAUGGAAUGGCGUUUUCUGUGGCGGUUCCGGCGACCCUGUGGCGGACCACCGUGUCACUGGGGUGUCGCUUCCUAACUCGAAACUUGGUGCUUCCAUUCCCGCCAAUCUUGGAUUGAUUCAGCAUCUUAUGAAACUUGAUUUGUCGAAUAAUUCGAUUAAUGGGUCGAUUCCAUUGUCGUUGUAUAAUGCUACAGAGCUUAAGUUUCUUGAUUUCUCGAAUAAUUUGAUCUCCGGCGAGCUUCGUGAGCUCGUUAGAGGAUGGAAAAGUCUUCAGUUUCUAAACAUUUCCGGUAACUUGUUGAACGGAAAGGUGCCGGAGAGUCUCGCCGGACUUUCUAAUUUGACGGUGGUUUCUUUGAAAGAUAAUUAUUUUCAUGGGAAUCUUCCAAAUGGGUUUGAUUCAGUAAGAUUUCUAGAUCUAUCGGCCAAUUUCAUUAAUGGGUCUUUACCUAGUGAUUUUGGAAGUGGUGAUCUUGUCUUCUUCAACGUUUCCCAUAAUAAUAUUUCCGGUGAGAUUCCGCCGGAAUUCACGAACAAAAUUUCGACAAAUGCUACCAUUGAUUUGUCGUUUAACAAUCUCACCGGAGCAAUACCGGAAUCCAGUAUUUUCUUUAAUCAAGACAAGAGAUCCUUCGCCGGAAAUUAUGGACUUUGCGGCAAGCCCUUAACCAACUUGUGUUUGAUCCCUUCCUCCGUUUCCAAACCACCGAACGUCUCCUCACCGGCGACGUCUCCUCCUGCCAUUGCCGCCAUCCCAAAAACCGCCGAUUCCUCUUCAAGCAAUUCGUCGAACACCCGGAGUGCAUCUUCAAAGCCCGGGUUCAAAACCACCACAAUCGUCGGGAUCGUGGUCGGAGACAUCGCCGGAAUAGCAGUUUUAGCCACUAUUUUCAUCUAUAUACUAAAAAAACGCAAAAAAGACGCAUCAAACAGCAAUCAAAAGCACGACAAUAAUGGCGGCAAUAAAGAAUACGAUUGGGCAUCAUCGUCGGAAGAUCAAGAACGCAAAUGGUUACGUUCAUGGGCAUGUUUGAUAAAAAGAAGAGUCACCGAAGACGAAGAAUCAUCAACUCAAAGUACAACUUCGGAAAGCGAAGAAACCGAGUUGACGGUGGCGCCUCACCGGAAAAAUGAUAAUUCAACGGCGAAAGAAGUAGAGAAGAAAGGAGAGCUGGUGACGGUUGACGGCGGCGAUAAAAAGUUAGAACUUGAAACACUGUUGAAAGCUUCAGCUUAUAUACUUGGCGCCACCGGUUCGAGUAUCAUAUACAAGGCGGUGCUAGAGGACGGCACGGCGUUGGCCGUCCGGCGGAUCGGCGAGAGCGGGUUGGAGCGGUUCAGGGAUUUCGAGAACCAAGUUCGGGUCAUUGCGAAACUGAUCCACCCGAAUUUGGUUCGGAUCCGUGGGUUUUAUUGGGGGGCGGAUGAGAAGCUCGUUAUCUACGACUUCAUUCCUCAUGGCAGCUUAGCCAAUGCACGUUACAGAAAAGUUGGAUCGUCGCCUUGUCCAUUACCUUGGGACGUGAGGUUGAGAAUCGCGAAAGGUACGGCUCGAGGGUUGAUGUAUAUCCACGACAAAAAACAAGUACACGGAAAUCUUAAGCCGAGUAACAUCUUAUUAGGCUCGGACAUGGAGCCGAAGAUAGGGGAUUUCGGGCUGGAAAGGCUGGUGGUGGGCGAAAACAGUUGCAAAGUCGGGGGUUCGUCACGGAAUUUCGGCAGCAAAAGGUCGACUGCAUCUCGAGAUAGCUUCCAGGACGUUUUAGUAGGGUCAAACCCUAGCCCAAGCCCUAGUGCCAUGGGGUGCAUAUCGCCGUAUUAUGCCCCUGAAUCGCUCAGAAGCCUAAAGCCCAACGCCAAAUGGGAUGUUUUCUCGUAUGGCGUGGUGUUGCUAGAGCUUUUGACGGGGAAGGUGAUCGUGUCGGAUGAGUUCGGACCCGCCAGCAUGACGUGGAGUUCCAUUUUGACGGAUGAAGAGAAGAAUAAGGUGUUACGGAUGGCUGACGUGGCGAUUCGUGGCGAAAUGGAAGGGAAAGAAGAAGCUUUGUUGGCAAUCUUGAGAUUAGGUUACAACUGUAUAUCUCCAGUACCACAAAAAAGACCGCACAUGAAAGAGGUCAUACACGCUCUUGACAAGUUCCCUCCUGCCGCUUCUUCUUCUGCUGCGUAUUAUUACGGUCACUUAUAAAUUAUUAGGAGAAAAAUAAAUUUAAAAAAAAUAAGAAAAUGGAAUUUUCUAAAGAGAGAGAUGUGUAUUUAUGAUGAAAAUGAAAGGUAGGUGUUUGUACGUUUAUUUAAAGAUAGUGUUGAUUGCAAUAUGUUUAGAAGUAGGAUUUCUUUGUCUCAAUUUUUAUUAUUAAUUUAA